AUGCUUUCUCUGCCGGCCCGCUAUGGCCGGCUAGGCGCCGUCAUCACGCCAGUGGCGCUCAUUGUCUUCAUGAUUCAUUUCCUGAGCGCCAACUUCGGCUCAGACGAUAGCUUAACAGGCCCCGGCACGAUACUAGAAGUCGAGCUCGAGACCGGAACCUCUCCGCACGAGCCGCCAUGCCCUCCUUUGCCGGGAGUCGAGGACAUCCUAGUCGUCGUGAAGACGGGGAUCACAGAAGCGCAAGAAAAAGUGCCGGUCCACUUCCACACCACAUUACGCUGCAUCCCGCACCGGAUCAUCGUCUCGGACUACGAGGAAGAAAUCGCCGGCGAGCGCACGCGCGAUGUGAUCCGCCGAGUCGACCCAACGCUGCGCGAGACCAACCAAGACUUCGCGCUUUACAACCGCGCGCAGAAGCACGGCGGGCGCUCGGGUCUGAUCAGCCAGGACAUGAACAAGGUCGCCAAUGGGGCGACCGGCAUGUCCGGGAACCCGGGGUGGAAGCUCGACAAGUGGAAGUUCCUACCGAUGAUACAUGAGGCGGCGGAGUUCCGCCCCAACGCGAGCUGGUACGUCUUCCUCGAGGCGGACACAUACCCGAUCUGGCGCAAUCUGCUCGCGUGGCUGGAGCCCAUGGACCCGGAGCAGGCGCUGUAUCUAGGGAAUCAGAUGCAAAUCGAUAGUAUUAUCUUUGCGCACGGCGGUUCCGGUUUCGUGCUCUCGCAGGCUGCGAUGCGGCAGCUGGUUGACUUUCAUGCUGCGCGCCAGAAUGAGUGGGAUCGGUUCACGGAGGAGCAGUGGGCGGGCGACUGUGUGCUCGGCGAGGUUCUGAACAAGGCGGGCAUCCAGAUGACCUGGUCGUGGCCGCAUGUGACCACCGGCUCGAUGUGGGAGGCUGACGCCUUUACGCACAAUUACCAGCGCAACGUGUGGUGUUGCCCGGCCGUGACAUUCCACCACAUGAACCCAACCGACAUCGAGCGCAUGUGGGAGUUUGACCAGGAGUGGUUUGCAAAUCAAACACACUCACCUCUUCUCUACAGCGACGUCUUCCGCAAUCUCAUCCGCCCUUCUCUAAACUCCUACCGCAACAACUGGGAUAAUCUCGCCGAAGACAAACCAUCCCACAGAAACCACGACAUCUCCCCACCCGCCGUCCCGGUCUCUCCAUCUGACUGCGAAGAAUACUGUGCACGUCUACCAGGCUGCAUGCAGUACCGCGUCGACGACCGCGGCCGCUGCACAACUUCCAAGGGUCCCAUUCGUGGCUUGCCGAAGUCUGGCCUGCGCUCUGGUUGGUUGCUCGACAAGGUCGAUGCACAUGUUGAGCAAUUGGGAUAUUGCGACAUUGCGGAGUGGGUGAGGCCUUGA